GGCAAAUAGUUGAGCGCCGGGGCUACUCUCGUUCGUUGGGCCGGGCCUGCAUAUUUUGAGCAGCCCUGUCAGAGCUUGUAAACUACUUCCAUAUUUAGUCAGAAAAGAUACAUUCUAGGGCGGCCGCGUGCUUCGGUGUGCAAAACUUGGUCCACGAUCCAGUCGGCCGCGCGCACCAGGCGCUGCGUUUAGGCGAGGAAGGGCGUCUGCAUGGCUCCUCGCUCUGACGACGAGGACGGGCGCCGGGGCGGCGGGUCCAGGCGGAAGGACCGCCGGAGCCCGAGCCCCUCCUCCUCGGGCAGCUCUGGCAGCAGCAGCUCCUCCGGAAGCAGCUCCAGCUCAGACUCAGACUCCGAACCCCCCCGCCGCGAUCGUGGCAGUGACCGCGGCCCCGACCGGCGCGAGUCUGAGCGUGAGCGCGAGCGCGAGGAGCGCCCCGCCGGGGACAGGCCCAGCGGGGCCGACAAGCAGCGGGCGGAGGGCGAGGACAAGGAUGCCGCCGGCGCCAGCGACGCAGCGCCACCCGCCGCCGGGCCAGACGCGCCAAAGGAGAGCGAGCGGGCGGCCGGAGACGACAAGGCCGCAGCAGAGGCAGGCCCCGACGGGGACCAGCCCCGCCGCAGCGUCUUUGACCGGCUAGGCGGCGGAGCAGCAGGUGGUGGUGGCAGCGGCCGUGACCGUGAACGCGGCGGUGACCGUGAUGAGGACCGGUACCGCAGCGGCGACCGCGACCGGGACCGCUACGAGCCCGAGCGCGACCGGCGGCGUGGCGACGACGACCGCUAUCGCCGUGGUGGCAGCUACGACGACCGGGACCGGCGGGACCGGGACCUCGACCGGGACCGCCGCGACCGCGACCGUGACAGGGGCUAUGACCGGGACCGGGAGCGGGAGCGGGAGCGGGACCGGGAGCGCUACAGGGAUGACGACCGCGACCGCAGGGACCGCGACCGGGACCGCAGCCGGGAGCGGGACCGCAGCCCGCGCAAGAGGCGGCGAGACGACGAGGCGGAUGAGCCGCGGCGCGAGCCCGCGGCCGAUGCCGCCGACGCCCCGGCGAACGGCGGUGCGGUGGACGCGGGCGCCGCUGCUGGCGCGGAGGGCGCUGAGGCGGUUGCAAGGAAGCCCGUUGCCCUGGGCAAGACCGGCGGCGUGUACAUCCCGCCCUUCAAGCUGGCGCGCAUGAUGGCGGAGCAGGGCGCGCAGGACAAGGCAUCUCCCGAGUACCAGCGCCUUACGUGGGAGGCUCUGAAGAAGUCGCUGAACGGCAUCAUCAACAAAAUCAACACCGUCAACAUUAAGAACAUGCUGCCCGAGGUGUUCAGAGAGAACCUGAUCCGCGGCCGAGGCCUGUUCUGCCGCUCUCUGAUGAAGAGCCAGGCCGCCUCGCCCGGCUACUCGCCCGUGUAUGCGGCGCUGGUGGCGGUGGUGAACACCAAGUUCCCCGAGCUCGGCGAGCUGCUGCUCAGCCGCCUCAUCCUGCAGUUCAAGCGCUCCUUCAAGCGCAACGACAAGCCGGUGUGCACAGCCGCUGCCAAGUUCCUGGCGCACCUGGUCAACCAGGGUGUGGCGCACGAGGUGCUGGCUCUGGAGGUGCUGAUCCUGCUGCUGGAGGCGCCCAGCGAGGACAGUGUGGAGAUGGCGGUGGAGUUCGUGCGGGAGGUGGGCGCGCACCUGCAGGACGUGGCGCCGCAGGGGCUGCACGGUGUGUUUGAGCGCUUCCGCGCCAUCCUGCACGAGGGCUCCAUCAGCAAGCGCGUGCAGUUCAUCAUCGAGGGCAUGUUCGCGCUGCGCAAGGCCGGCUUCGAGGCGUCCGGCUUCCCCGCGCUCAAGCCCGAGCUGGACCUGGUGGAGGGGGAGGACCAGAUCACACACGAGAUGGGGCUGGACGACGCACUGCAGGCGCAGACCAACCUGGACAUUUUCCGUGUGGACCCCGACUAUGAGGAGGAGGAGCGCAAGUACGCCGUCAUUGCCAAGGAAAUCCUGGGAGACGAGGAGGAGGAGGAGGGCGGCGGAGGAGCAGAGGGGGCGGCAGGAGAGGCGGCGGACGACGAGGACUCCAGCGACGACGAUGACGACGACGAGGAUGGCGGCGACCCGGGCAGCGGCGGCGGCGGCGGCAGCGGCGGCGGCGGCAUCCACGACGCCACCGCCACCAACCUGGUGAACCUGCGCCGCACCAUCUACCUGACGCUCAUGUCGUCGUUCGACUUCGAGGAGGCCGGUCACAAGCUGCUCAAAAUCGGCAUCCAGCCGGGACAGGAAAUUGAGCUGGUGACCAUGAUCAUCGAGUGCUGCAGCCAGGAGCGCACCUUCAAGCGCUUCUACGGACUGCUGGCGCAGCGCUUCUGCUACCUCAACCGCGCCUACGCCGAGCAGUUCGAGGACUGCUUCCGCAAGCAGUACGCCGUCAUCCACCGGCUGGAGACCAACAAGCUGCGCAACGUGUCGUGCCUGUUCGCGCACCUGCUGGCCACUGACGCGCUGCCUUGGAGCUCGCUGUCGUGCAUCAUGCUGACGGAGGAGGAGACCACCUCCUCCAGCCGCAUCUUCAUCAAGUACCUGUUCCAGGAGCUGUCCAGCACCAUGGGCCUGGUGAAGCUCAACCAGCGCCUGAACGACCCCGCCUUCAGCCCCUGGUUCGAGGGGCUGUUCCCGCGCGACUCGCUCGGCAACAUGCGCUUCUCAAUCAACUUCUUCACCUCCAUCGGUCUGGGCGGUGUCACCGACGUCAUGCGCGAGCAGUACAAGUCGGCAGUGGCGGCGCAGGCGGCGGCGCAGCAGCAGCAGGUGGCCAAGCGCAUGCUGGGCAGCGGCAGUGGCAGCGACAGCGGCAGUAGCAGCAGCGACAGCAGCAGCAGCGACGACUCCUCGUCCGACAGCAGUAGCAGCAGCGACUCGGACAGUGAUGACAGCCGUGGGCGGCGGCGCAGCAAGGGCAAGGGUAAGGGAAAGAAGAGCGACAAGAAGAAGAAGAGCAGUAAGAGGCGGUAGCGCGCCCAGGAGGGGCGCCGGUGAAGUGCCGAGUGACGGGAUGGGACAGGUGGGGUGGCGUUGUGUGGAGGUUGGUGGUGAAGCGAAUAGCAGUUGGUUGCAGCAUGUGUGGUUUGCGUCCGAUGGGCCAAGAGUAGGAGGGCGCUCGUACAUGUGAGCGAGGCGGGAAAAUGAUUGGAAGCCGGUUUGCGCCGGUGCCACGAGUACCCUGGAAGCUAGGUGGUGUUGCUUGGUUCGUGUCAACACAUUAUGGUGCACAGUCGGGAGUGGCGAGUGGCAGCCGCUGUCGCCUGACUCGCCGCGCGGACGUGCGCAUGGAGCCGUGUGGAGCGCCCGCGUCGAGUGUGAGGAGUGGGGGUGUUGGGAGAGCUGGAGGUGCGGAGGGUUCGCUUCAGGCACGGCAUGUUGGAGGGACUCGUGCGGCUGCGGGGAACAAGCAUCCCGACUGCUGGUAGUGGACCAGGUGGAGGGACAGCACUGUGCGCGUGGCCGCCGCACGUGUAAACAGUUCUGGCA